GCAGUCACGUGUGCUACUCUUGACCAGGAAAGGAGCACUGGGCAGCAGAAGUUCUGCUCGCACCUCCACACGGCACCUUGGACGAGUGGAGUCUGGCUCUUCCUCCACGGUCAUACACACCGAGCAGGCAUCCUCCACUAACCCACGGGCAGGAUUUAGAGUUCACCAAGGCGCAUAACUUCUAAUAUUAAGAGUUUGAGGGCUAAGUGAAAAAGAUGACGACUGUUGUUGAGACACCGAUGCAGUAUAACAGCACCUACAUGAUGUCGACUACGGAAGACUACAUGACUCAAGAUGACGACUGGGACCGGGUCCUUCUGCUGGACCCAGCCUGGGAAAAACAACAGAGGAAGACAUUCACGGCAUGGUGUAACUCUCAUCUGCGCAAAGCAGGGACUCAGAUCGAGAACAUUGAAGAUGACUUCAGGAAUGGCCUCAAACUCAUGCUGCUGCUUGAGGUCAUCUCAGGUGAGAGACUGCCCAAACCUGACAAAGGAAAGAUGCGUUUUCACAAGAUUGCCAAUGUCAACAAGGCUCUGGACUACAUCUGCAGCAAAGGGGUCAAACUGGUGUCCAUUGGUGCUGAAGAGAUUGUUGAUGGUAAUGCGAAAAUGACUCUUGGAAUGAUUUGGACCAUCAUUCUUCGUUUCGCUAUCCAAGACAUUUCUGUCGAGGAGACCUCUGCUAAAGAGGGUCUUUUGCUGUGGUGUCAGAGGAAGACCGCCCCCUACAGGAAUGUUAACGUACAGAACUUCCACAUCAGCUGGAAAGAUGGCCUUGCUCUGUGUGCCCUCAUCCACAGACACAGACCAGACCUCAUUGACUACUCUAAACUCAGAAAGGAUGACCCUAUUGGAAACCUGAACACUGCAUUUGAGGUGGCAGAGAAAUUUUUGGAUAUCCCUAAAAUGCUCGACGCUGAAGAUAUUGUUAACACCCCUAAACCUGAUGAGAAAGCCAUCAUGACCUACGUGUCCUGCUUUUAUCAUGCCUUCGCAGGAGCAGAGCAGGCUGAGACAGCUGCUAACAGAAUCUGUAAGGUUCUUGCCGUAAAUCAGGAGAAUGAACGGCUAAUGGAAGAAUAUGAGAAACUGGCCAGUGAGUUGUUGGAAUGGAUCCGUCGUACCAUCCCGUGGCUGGAGAACCGCACGGCAGAGCAGACCAUGCGUGCCAUGCAGCAGAAGCUGGAGGAUUUCCGGGACUACAGGCGUGUCCACAAGCCUCCCCGUGUUCAGGAGAAAUGCCAGCUGGAAAUCAACUUCAACACCCUGCAGACGAAACUCCGCCUGAGCAACCGCCCCGCCUACAUGCCGUCUGAGGGGAAGAUGGUGUCGGACAUUGCUAACGCAUGGAAAGGUUUGGAGCAGGUGGAGAAGGGUUAUGAGGAAUGGCUGCUCACUGAGAUCCGCCGUCUAGAGAGACUUGAUCAUCUGGCUGAGAAGUUCAAGCAGAAAUGCACCCUGCAUGAGUCCUGGACUACAGGGAAGGAGCACUUGCUGUCUCAGAAGGACUAUGAGACAGCCUCUCUGAUGGAGAUCCGAGCUCUAAUGAGGAAACACGAGGCGUUUGAAAGUGACUUGGCCGCUCACCAGGACAGAGUAGAGCAGAUUGCAGCUAUCGCUCAGGAGCUGAAUGAGUUAGACUAUCAUGAUGCUGCUACAGUGAAUGCCCGCUGCCAGGGGAUCUGUGACCAGUGGGACAACUUGGGAACCCUGACCCAGAAGAGGAGAGAUGCCCUAGAGCGUGUAGAGAAGCUUUGGGAGACGAUUGAUCAGCUGUACCUGGAGUUUGCUAAGAGAGCAGCGCCCUUCAACAACUGGAUGGAUGGAGCCAUGGAGGAUCUGCAGGAUAUGUUCAUUGUGCACAGUAUCGAGGAAAUUCAGAGUCUGAUCACAGCUCAUGAUCAGUUCAAGGCCACUCUACCAGAGGCUGAUAAGGAGCGCAUGGCCAUCAUGGGCAUUCAGAAUGAGAUCAUGAAGAUCGCUCAGACUUACGGCAUCAAGCUGGUCGGAGUGAACCCAUACACUGUCCUCAGUCCACAGGACAUCGCCAACAAAUGGGAGGCUGUGAAGCAGCUGGUUCCCCUGAGAGACCAGAUGCUACAGGAGGAGGUUGCCAGGCAACAGGCGAACGAGAGGCUGAGGCGCUCAUUUGCCGCUCAGGCCAACAUCAUCGGACCUUGGAUUCAGACCAAGAUGGAGGAGAUUGGUCAUGUGUCUGCGGACAUCACCGGCUCUCUGGAGGAUCAGAUGAAUAAUCUGAAACAAUAUGAGCAGAACAUCAUUAACUACAAAUCCAACAUUGACAAAUUGGAGGGAGAGCACCAGCUUAUCCAGGAGGCACUCAUCUUUGACAAUAAACACACCAGCUACACUAUGGAGCACAUCCGUGUGGGAUGGGAGCAGCUGCUCACCACCAUUGCUCGCACCAUCAAUGAGGUGGAGAACCAGAUCUUAACCCGUGAUGCCAAAGGCAUCAGCCAGGAGCAGCUCAAUGAGUUCAGAGCCUCCUUCAACCACUUCGACAGGAAGAGAAACGGCAUGAUGGAUCCCGACGAUUUCCGAGCAUGUCUCAUCUCUAUGGGCUAUGAUCUGGGUGAGGUGGAGUUUGCCCGCAUCAUGACCCUGGUGGACCCCAACAACACUGGUGUGGUCACCUUCCAGGCCUUCAUCGACUUCAUGACGCGUGAGACUGCUGAAACUGACACUGCUGAACAGGUCAUGGCCUCCUUCAAGAUUCUGGCCUCUGACAAGCCCUACAUCACUAUGGAAGAGCUUCGUCGCGAACUUCCACCUGAACAGGCCGAGUACUGCAUCAGCCGCAUGACCAAGUACGUCAGCCCCAACGGGCCUCCUGGAGCCCUGGAUUACAUCUCCUUCUCCAGCGCUCUCUAUGGAGAGAGUGAUUUAUAAAUCACUCCAAAUGUCUUCCUUUCUCUCUUUCUUUUUAUCUUUACCUUGCGUCUCCUCUCAUAUUCAUCAAGCCCCCAAAUUUAAAGUUCAAUCUGAGAGUGAGUUAACAACAAUAAUAUGCCUCUUUUUCGUUCUCUCUUUCUUUCUUAUGCCCCCAAAGCUACACAAAAAAACCUUGUGUCCUCUCGCUACAGAAAAAUGAAAAUUAUGUAAUCAUCCUCUUGUCGUUUGAAACCUGCAUGACUUUUUCUCUUCUGUGGAACAGUAAAGGAGAUGUAAAGUCGAAUGUCAGCCUCAGUCACCAUUCACUUACCUUUCUUUUUUUUUUCAUACAAUAAAAGUGAAUGGUGACUGAGACUAACAUUCUGUCUAACAUCUCCUCUCUUCCACGUGUAACCGGUCCUGCUCGACCCACUUUGAGCGGGAUUCGAACCAGUGUCAGCUGGCAUGGGUGGUGGGCACGCUAAUGAGGAGGGUUUGGAAUAUUAUUAGGAUGAUUAAAUUAUUAAUCAUUUUUGGAUGAACUAUUCCUUUAAAUUCUAUGUGUGUUGGACUUCCCCUUGUAAAGGAAGGGAUGUGUAAUGAGGGCCUUUAAUCCAGAAUCACUCAAAGUAAGCCUAAUUUGGAUGCCAUAUGCAUCCCAUAUGAGUUUACAAUGCUGAAAGCAUGAUGACCCUUUCCCAGCAGCCCAGCAUUUGAUAUGAAGAUGCAUUCUGUGUUUAUUAUACAGACAUUUAUAUGUCUAUAUAAUAUAAUAGAUCUGUAUUUUAAGACCCCAAAAAGCACAACUGCUGUCCAGUGUCUUCUUAAUAUGAAACUGUUUGACAUAUUUAACCCCUUAAUAUUGUUUAUUAUGUAUGUCUAUGUUAUUAUGGUGUUUAGACUUUCAAUUCAAAAUGUGUUUUUCUUUUAUUUGUGCCAAAAAGUGUCAGUAAACAAACUUUAAGAUUAUGGCAGUGUUGCUCAUGUUUCUGAUGCUGACAGGAAAGGUUUCUGCUGGCCCAAGAGUUGAUUGAGAUCAAGGUUUGCCUUCAAAUACUUGUCAACUGGAAUGAUAUUGCCAAAGUGUAUUAGUGAAAGCUGGGGACGUAUUAGACGGUUUCAUUAAAUGAAAAUCUGGAUGUUCCUGUCCCUGUGUUGAACCAUCUCUCUCUCUCUCUCUCUCUCUCUCUCUCUCUCACUCUCUCUCUCACCAACCCCUCAUACACACGCACACUAGAAUGUCCUGUACCUUGAUUUUAAGACUCUUACUAUGUACACCUGUAACUUAAGGUGAUCGUUCACUCAAAACAGAAAUUUCUGUCAUAAUUUACUCAUUCUCGCGUUGUUCCGAAUCCAUAUAAUUUUCUUCAGUGAAAUACAAAAAAAUGUUUAACAGAAUAUUCAUACUACUGUAUUACAUUCAAUGGAAGUAAAUGGAAACUAGGGCUAUUAAGCUCCAACACUGACAAAUUUAUGAUUUGUGUGCUAUAUUCCAGGUCUUCUGAAGCCAUAGCUUCAUCUGAGGUACAUACUGAAUUGAAAAUAUUUCCCUCCAGUGAAGUUCUCAAAUCUAAUUUGCAUAUGUGCAAAAUCAAUCUUGGCACAUCAAGACGUGCUGCGCACAUUUUUAUGUCAAACAUCAUUGGUUCUUUUGUCUCUUGUGACCAAAGUCAUUUCAUUUUAGGAUGAAUUAUGCCUUUUAGAGGGAAGAGUGUCAUAGAGAGACAGAGGUGGCUCGUCUGGGUCUUGUAAUGUUCUGAAGUGUUGCAAUGUUCUGAAAAGUUUUGAAAAGUGGAGAUUUUUUGCUUAACAAGAGCAGAACUAACUGUAUUAUUCAGGAUUUAAGAUUUGGUCUAUUAUCUAUUAGCGAUAUUUGAGUAAUGUACCUUAAAUGUGAUGAGUUAUUUUGUUGUUUUCUGGGUAAAUGACUUCACUGCGAGUGUCUUUCUCCUCCCCCACCCUAUCUGCAUCCCUAUGGGUCUCUGUCAUUUUGUUUCCAAACACAGAACAUAGAAACCCAGAAUAAAAUAUCUAACACUUUAUAUGCAA